UAUAAGAGGAGCCUGCGGUUGACUGGUCUGAAGAGUCUUGGUUAAACACGGAGUGUGGUGGCUGUCGAUUGGGCGGCUGGCGGGCCACUUGAAUUGGCUUUCGUACCCCCGACUACGGCUCGAGAGGGAGAGGUAGGGACCCGGACGCAUUUCGUUGCUGUCAUCCUCUGCUGCUGCCGCCAUGGAACCUGAGAGUCCCAGCAAGAGGCCUUCUGCCCCAGUGCUCUGUGUGGAUCGGCCUGUGUACAGUGAGAAGUACAUGGAGAGCGAGCUGCUGCACAGGAAGGAGAGGACGCCGGAAACCGUUAAAGAAAAGCUGACAAAGCAACUUCACUGUUCCUCGGACAGGGCCAAAGCCGCUGUGCUCAGCUUCCUGCCCAUCCUGUCAUGGCUGCCAUCCUACCCAGUCAGAAAGUACCUCUUCGGGGAUGUGGUGUCUGGCCUGAGUACAGGUGUCAUGCAGCUGCCUCAAGGUCUGGCAUACGCCAUGUUGGCAGCAGUACCUCCUGUCUAUGGUCUGUACUCCUCCUUCUACCCAGUGCUGCUGUAUACCUUCUUCGGUACCUCCAGACACAUAUCUAUGGGGACCUUUGCUGUUAUUAGCCUCAUGAUCGGCGGUGUAGCCGAGCGCGAGGCUCCAGAUUCAGACUUCUAUGUGCACCAGUUCAACAGCACCAAUAAGACCUUGGACACAGACGCCCGUGAUACCCGGAGAGUCCAGGUGGCCGUAGCUCUCACCUGUCUGGUGGGCAUCAUCCAGCUUGCCCUGGGUCUCUUGCGCUUUGGCUUUGUGGCCAUCUACCUGGCAGAGCCCCUUGUUCGAGGCUUCACCACAGCUGCUGCCGUCCAUGUUUUCGUUUCCCAGCUCAAGUAUCUGCUAGACAUCAAGACGACGCGGUACAGUGGCCCCCUGUCAGUGCUAUACAGUCUCAUUGAAGUGCUAAAGAAAAUCGGCCAAACCAACGUUGCGUCGCUCGUGGUGGGGCUUGUGUGUAUAGUGUUCCUCUAUGUGGUCAAAGAUCUCAAUGACCGCUUCAAAAAGAAACUUCCAGUGCCUAUUCCUGGAGAGAUCAUUGUGGUGAUCGUUUCUACAGGGAUUUCAUAUGGAAUGAAGCUGUGUGACGUCUAUCAUGUGGAUGUUGUCGGCGAAAUCCCUACAGGGCUUCUUCCUCCUUCUGUCCCAAAGUUCUCGCUUCUGCACAGCCUUGUAGUGGAUUCCAUUGCCAUUGCAAUCGUUGGCUUUUCAAUGGCCAUCUCCUUGGCCAAGAUCUUUGCACUCAAGCAUGGCUAUGCUGUAGAUGGAAACCAGGAGCUGAUCGCCUUGGGUCUGUGCAAUUUCACUGGUUCCUUCUUCCACACCUUCACCAUUACCUGCUCCAUGUCCCGCAGUUUGGUGCAGGAGAGCACAGGGGGAAAAACGCAGAUAGCAGGAUUGUUGUCUUCUCUGGUGGUCCUCCUGGUUGUGGUGGCCAUUGGCUUUAUGUUUGAGCCUCUACCCAAGACUGUUCUUGCCGCCAUCAUCAUGGUGAACCUGCUAGGAAUGUUCAAGCAGUUCCGGGAUGUCUGCUUGCUGUGGGGUACAAGCCGAAUCGAGCUGGCUAUCUGGGUGGUGGCCUUCAUCGCCUCGGUCCUGCUUGGCCUUGAUUAUGGGCUGCUUGUGGCUAUCGCCUUUGCUAUGCUCACCAUCAUCUACAGGACGCAAAGCCCAAAGAAGAUGAUUCUUGGCCAGAUUCCCAACACAGCCCUAUACUACGAUGUUGAAGAGUAUGAAGAGGCCACUGAAUGUGCUGGGAUUAAGAUAUUCUACUCCAACACCUCUAUCUACUUUGCAAACAGCGACCUCUACGUCAGCGCUCUCAAACAAAAGACAGGAGUAGACCCUACAGUGAUCCAGGCCAAAUGCAAAUCUCACAGGCAGAAAUCAAAGAAACAAAAGGAAAAUGGCAAACGGGAGCAGUCCUUCUCCCAGAUAAAGGAAGCAGUUGUUAAAUUGGACAUGGAGAUGGGCAUCACCCAUGAAGUCGUAGAUGGGGAGGGCUCGGACCUUCAGGAGAAUGGGCAGCUGGUGGAGGCGCAGGCAGAGUCAGACUCGGAGGAGUCCCGUAACUUCUUGGAGGCCCUGAGUCCCGUGCACUCAAUCAUCCUGGAUUUCACACCAGUCAACUUCAUUGACUCUGUUGGAGCCAAAGCCAUCCAAGCUGUGAUUAAAGAGUACGCAGAGAUUGGUGUAAGCGUGUUUCUUGCUGGGUGCAGCCGAACCGUGUUGGCUGAACUCCGGGCCUUGCAGUUCUUCAGUGGUGCAGUGACCCCCGAGUUGGUGUUCCCUACAAUCCAUGAUGCAGUGCUGCACUGCCAGUGCCCCAGAAGUCACCAGUCCAAUGACAGCAUGUGACCUCUGCAAGAGCCAUGUUAUUGUGCACCCUGCUUGAAGGAGAUGCAUGGAGUGGUAGUGUGAAGAGGGAGAACAAAGCAUUCACCAUGUGAUACUCACUUCCUUUCCAAACCCUGGUUCUAAUAUGUAAUUUUAGGCUCUUUAAAAGAAGUAGGUGGGGUAGCUUUUAGACUUUACUUAAAACACCAGUGAUUGGCAGAGGAGAAUGUUCAGUAAAAAGGUGUGAAGAAGGUAUGGAGACCAAUGGAUUGUUUAAGGGGUGGGUCAUGCAGUAUUCCUUUCUUAAUGGAAGGAGGUUAUUUAAAAUGUUCUACUUUUCCAUAGGAGAUUAAAACAUAAGAGUUGGAGUUAUGGAAGACACUGCAGAUAUUUAUGGAAGGCAGUGGCACAAAGUGGUGGUCAGUAUGGUUUCAGUGUUAAUGCAACCUUCUACCGUCAGUGAUGAAUUUUGCACUCAUUUUACUGCAGCUGAUAGAUCAGGGAUAACAAUGUUCUGCUUUGUUACAUAUCAGUGUAAUUAUGAAAUCUUAUUUGCAAGAAGGUUUCUGAAGGUCUUUACAGGUUUUUCAUUUGUCCAUUAAUGUGAUACAGGGCCCUGCCUUUCCCGUGGCAGUGUAAGAGCUGCUGGGAUGCACUAACAGGCCAUUUAAAGCUGAUCUGCUGCAGGCUGGUACUCCCCCCCCCCCCCCCCCCCC